AUGAUAGCCACAGAGACAGCUGGGCUUCAAAUUCGCUUCCAGCUUGUUACGUGGGGUGACACACAGCGCGAAAUCACCUUCCGUCGUCGGCUGGAGAUGUGUGAGCUACAGCGUCUUACAAGAGUCUACCAGAGCUUCGUCACCACGCCGAUGCUGCAUCCACCAACGGAUGGGGAGAACAUACAAUGGCCUCCACGCUCUCUGGAGGAUAAUUCUCACCUUUCCGAAGUAGUCCUCGCUUCCACCGCCAACAAUCACCGCAGCAUCAGUGAGGAUCGCCGGCAGCUCGUUUCAGAGCUCGAAACGACAUUGGAAGAUCUGCAAUCCAUGCUGUUCCAGAAGGAACAGGAGCUUCAGCACCUGGCCUCCCAGCUCGAGGAGGAGCGUCGUUGCAGUGAGCAGAAUGUAGCGGACUUGCAGAGCCAACUAAUUACAAUGCGUCUGGACCAUGCGUGCAUGGAUAAAGAGCUCGAGAGCAUCUCUGCAGCUCUCCUCGACAAGCAAGAGUCCUGCAACGUACUGCGACAGCUCAUCACUGAAAGUGAGGAGCGACACCGGUUUGACAUACAGCAAGCAGAACAACAAUACGCAGUACUCGAAGAGGAACGCGCACACCUCAUCGAUUACUAUAAAGCUCAGAUUACCUCGUUAAGCGACCAGCUACGAAAGGCUGACAACCAACAACCAGCUGCACAACACACCUCAGACAGCGCCCACAGCACCUACGCUCCAGCACAAGAAGACAUGGAAAACCUGAACACUCACGUAUCUACAUACCAUGAGCAGAAUAACAAGCACCCAUCGCUUACCCUCUCCACGCGCGGCAUCGUGGAUGCGGUGCGCAGCGAGUACGAGGCGCGGGCUGCUGAGCUUGUGGACUCCGCGGAGCUCGUGGAGGCGCGCGACGCGCUGGCGGCGGCGGAGCAGCGGUGCGCCGCGCUGGCCGCUGCCCAGGCGGAGGCUGCUGCUGCGCUGGAGGCGAAGAGCGCGGCGUCCGAGAGCGAGCUGGCUGCUGCGCGCGACGCGAUGCGCGCUGCUGAGGCGCGGCUUGCGGAGGCGGACGCCGAGCAUGCCCGCGUGGUUGCUGCGCUGGAGGCGAAGGCGUGUGCUGCCGAGCGUGAGGCCGCUGCUGCGCUGGAGGCGAAGAGCGCGGCGUCCGAGAGCGAGCUGGCUGCUGCGCGCGACGCGAUGCGCACUGCUGAGGCGCGGCUGGCGGAGGCGGACGCCGAGCAUGCCCGCGUGGUUGCUGCGCUGGAGGCGAAGAGCGCGGCGUCCGAGAGCGAGCUGGCUGCUGCGCGCGACGCGAUGCGCGCUGCUGAGGCGCGGCUGGCGGAGGCGGACGCCGAGCAUGCCCGCGUGGUUGCUGCGCUGGAGGCGAAGGCGUGUGCUGCCGAGCGUGAGGCCGCUGCUGCGCUGGAGGCGAAGAGCGCGGCGUCCGAGAGCGAGCUGGCUGCUGCGCGCGACGCGAUGCGCGCUGCUGAGGCGCGGCUGGCGGAGGCGGACGCCGAGCAUGCCCGCGUGGUUGCUGCGCUGGAGGCGAAGGCGUGUGCUGCCGAGCGUGAGGCCGCUGCUGCGCGCGCGAAGGAGGAGGCCGUUGUGAGCUGCACGCGCGGCAUCGUGGAUGCGGUGCGCAGCGAGUACGAGGCGCGGGCUGCUGAGCUUGUGGACUCCGCGGAGCUCGUGGAGGCGCGCGACGCGCUGGCGGCGGCGGAGCAGCGGUGCGCCGCGCUGGCCGCUGCCCAGGCGGAGGCUGCUGCUGCGCUGGAGGCGAAGAGCGCGGCGUCCGAGAGCGAGCUGGCUGCUGCGCGCGACGCGAUGCGCGCUGCUGAGGCGCGGCUGGCAGAGGCGGACGCCGAGCAUGCCCGCGUGGUUGCUGCGCUGGAGGCGAAGAGCGCGGCGUCCGAGAGCGAGCUGGCUGCUGCGCGCGACGCGAUGCGCGCUGCUGAGGCGCGGCUGGCGGAGGCGGACGCCGAGCAUGCCCGCGUGGUUGCUGCGCUGGAGGCGAAGGCGUGUGCUGCCGAGCGUGAGGCCGCUGCUGCGCGCGCGAAGGAGGAGGCCGUUGUGAGCUGCACGCGCGGCAUCGUGGAUGCGGUGCGCAGCGAGUACGAGGCGCGGGCUGCUGAGCUUGUGGACUCCGCGGAGCUCGUGGAGGCGCGCGACGCGCUGGCGGCGGCGGAGCAGCGGUGCGCCGCGCUGGCCGCUGCCCAGGCGGAGGCUGCUGCUGCGCUGGAGGCGAAGAGCGCGGCGUCCGAGAGCGAGCUGGCUGCUGCGCGCGACGCGAUGCGCACUGCUGAGGAGCGGCUGGCGGAGGCGGACGCCGAGCAUGCCCGCGUGGUUGCUGCGCUGGAGGCGAAGAGCGCGGCGUCCGAGAGCGAGCUGGCUGCUGCGCGCGACGCGAUACGCGCUGCUGAGGAGCGGCUGGCGGAGGCGGACGCUGAGCAUGCCCGCGUGGUUGCUGCGCUGGAGGCGAAGGCGUGUGCUGCCGAGCGUGAGGCCGCUGCUGCGCUGGAGGCGAAGAGCGCGGCGUCCGAGAGCGAGCUGGCUGCUGCGCGCGACGCGAUACGCGCUGCUGAGGCGCGGCUGGCGGAGGCGGACGCCGAGCAUGCCCGCGUGGUUGCUGCGCUGGAGGCGAAGGCGUGUGCUGCCGAGCGUGAGGCCGCUGCUGCGCUGGAGGCGAAGAGCGCGGCGUCCGAGAGCGAGCUGGCUGCUGCGCGCGACGCGAUGCGCGCUGCUGAGGCGCGGCUGGCGGAGGCGGACGCCGAGCAUGCCCGCGUGGUUGCUGCGCUGGAGGCGAAGGCGUGUGCUGCCGAGCGUGAGGCCGCUGCUGCGCGCGCGAAGGAGGAGGCCGUUGUGAGCUGCACGCGCGGCAUCGUGGAUGCGGUGCGCAGCGAGUACGAGGCGCGGGCUGCUGAGCUUGUGGACUCCGCGGAGCUCGUGGAGGCGCGCGACGCGCUGGCGGCGGCGGAGCAGCGGUGCGCCGCGCUGGCCGCUGCCCAGGCGGAGGCUGCUGCUGCGCUGGAGGCGAAGAGCGCGGCGUCCGAGAGCGAGCUGGCUGCUGCGCGCGACGCGAUGCGCGCUGCUGAGGAGCGGCUGGCGGAGGCGGACGCCGAGCAUGCCCGCGUGGUUGCUGCGCUGGAGGCGAAGGCGUGUGCUGCCGAGCGUGAGGCCGCUGCUGCGCUGGAGGCGAAGAGCGCGGCGUCCGAGAGCGAGCUGGCUGCUGCGCGCGACGCGAUGCGCGCUGCUGAGGCGCGGCUGGCGGAGGCGGACGCCGAGCAUGCCCGCGUGGUUGCUGCGCUGGAGGCGAAGGCGUGUGCUGCCGAGCGUGAGGCCGCUGCUGCGCGCGCGAAGGAGGAGGCCGUUGUGAGCUGCACGCGCGGCAUCGUGGAUGCGGUGCGCAGCGAGUACGAGGCGCGGGCUGCUGAGCUUGUGGACUCCGCGGAGCUCGUGGAGGCGCGCGACGCGCUGGCGGCGGCGGAGCAGCGGUGCGCCGCGCUGGCCGCUGCCCAGGCGGAGGCUGCUGCUGCGCUGGAGGCGAAGAGCGCGGCGUCCGAGAGCGAGCUGGCUGCUGCGCGCGACGCGAUGCGCACUGCUGAGGAGCGGCUGGCGGAGGCGGACGCCGAGCAUGCCCGCGUGGUUGCUGCGCUGGAGGCGAAGAGCGCGGCGUCCGAGAGCGAGCUGGCUGCUGCGCGCGACGCGAUACGCGCUGCUGAGGAGCGGCUGGCGGAGGCGGACGCUGAGCAUGCCCGCGUGGUUGCUGCGCUGGAGGCGAAGGCGUGUGCUGCCGAGCGUGAGGCCGCUGCUGCGCUGGAGGCGAAGAGCGCGGCGUCCGAGAGCGAGCUGGCUGCUGCGCGCGACGCGAUGCGCGCUGCUGAGGCGCGGCUGGCAGAGGCGGACGCCGAGCAUGCCCGCGUGGUUGCUGCGCUGGAGGCGAAGAGCGCGGCGUCCGAGAGCGAGCUGGCUGCUGCGCGCGACGCGAUACGCGCUGCUGAGGAGCGGCUGGCGGAGGCGGACGCUGAGCAUGCCCGCGUGGUUGCUGCGCUGGAGGCGAAGGCGUGUGCUGCCGAGCGUGAGGCCGCUGCUGCGCUGGAGGCGAAGAGCGCGGCGUCCGAGAGCGAGCUGGCUGCUGCGCGCGACGCGAUGCGCGCUGCUGAGGCGCGGCUUGCGGAGGCGGACGCCGAGCAUGCCCGCGUGGUUGCUGCGCUGGAGGCGAAGGCGUGUGCUGCCGAGCGUGAGGCCGCUGCUGCGCGCGCGAAGGAGGAGGCCGUUGUGAGCUGCACGCGCGGCAUCGUGGAUGCGGUGCGCAGCGAGUACGAGGCGCGGGCUGCUGAGCUUGUGGACUCCGCGGAGCUCGUGGAGGCGCGCGACGCGCUGGCGGCGGCGGAGCAGCGGUGCGCCGCGCUGGCCGCUGCCCAGGCGGAGGCUGCUGCUGCGCUGGAGGCGAAGAGCGCGGCGUCCGAGAGCGAGCUGGCUGCUGCGCGCGACGCGAUGCGCGCUGCUGAGGAGCGGCUGGCGGAGGCGGACGCCGAGCAUGCCCGCGUGGUUGCUGCGCUGGAGGCGAAGAGCGCGGCGUCCGAGAGCGAGCUGGCUGCUGCGCGCGACGCGAUACGCGCUGCUGAGGAGCGGCUGGCGGAGGCGGACGCUGAGCAUGCCCGCGUGGUUGCUGCGCUGGAGGCGAAGGCGUGUGCUGCCGAGCGUGAGGCCGCUGCUGCGCGCGCGAAGGAGGAGGCCGUUGUGAGCUGCACGCGCGGCAUCGUGGAUGCGGUGCGCAGCGAGUACGAGGCGCGGGCUGCUGAGCUUGUGGACUCCGCGGAGCUCGUGGAGGCGCGCGACGCGCUGGCGGCGGCGGAGCAGCGGUGCGCCGCGCUGGCCGCUGCCCAGGCGGAGGCUGCUGCUGCGCUGGAGGCAAAGAGCGCGGCGUCCGAGAGCGAGCUGGCUGCUGCGCGCGACGCGAUACGCGCUGCUGAGGAGCGGCUGGCGGAGGCGGACGCUGAGCAUGCCCGCGUGGUUGCUGCGCUGGAGGCGAAGGCGUGUGCUGCCGAGCGUGAGGCCGCUGCUGCGCGCGCGAAGGAGGAGGCCGUUGUGAGCUGCACGCGCGGCAUCGUGGAUGCGGUGCGCAGCGAGUACGAGGCGCGGGCUGCUGAGCUUGUGGACUCCGCGGAGCUCGUGGAGGCGCGCGACGCGCUGGCGGCGGCGGAGCAGCGGUGCGCCGCGCUGGCCGCUGCCCAGGCGGAGGCUGCUGCUGCGCUGGAGGCAAAGAGCGCGGCGUCCGAGAGCGAGCUGGCUGCUGCGCGCGACGCGAUACGCGCUGCUGAGGCGCGGCUGGCGGAGGCGGACGCCGAGCAUGCCCGCGUGGUUGCUGCGCUGGAGGCGAAGGCGUGUGCUGCCGAGCGUGAGGCCGCUGCUGCGCUGGAGGCGAAGAGCGCGGCGUCCGAGAGCGAGCUGGCUGCUGCGCGCGACGCGAUGCGCGCUGCUGAGGCGCGGCUGGCGGAGGCGGACGCCGAGCAUGCCCGCGUGGUUGCUGCGCUGGAGGCGAAGGCGUGUGCUGCCGAGCGUGAGGCCGCUGCUGCGCGCGCGAAGGAGGAGGCCGUUGUGAGCUGCACGCGCGGCAUCGUGGAUGCGGUGCGCAGCGAGUACGAGGCGCGGGCUGCUGAGCUUGUGGACUCCGCGGAGCUCGUGGAGGCGCGCGACGCGCUGGCGGCGGCGGAGCAGCGGUGCGCCGCGCUGGCCGCUGCCCAGGCGGAGGCUGCUGCUGCGCUGGAGGCGAAGAGCGCGGCGUCCGAGAGCGAGCUGGCUGCUGCGCGCGACGCGAUGCGCACUGCUGAGGCGCGGCUGGCGGAGGCGGACGCCGAGCAUGCCCGCGUGGUUGCUGCGCUGGAGGCGAAGGCGUGUGCUGCCGAGCGUGAGGCCGCUGCUGCGCGCGCGAAGGAGGAGGCCGUUGUGAGCUGCACGCGCGGCAUCGUGGAUGCGGUGCGCAGCGAGUACGAGGCGCGGGCUGCUGAGCUUGUGGACUCCGCGGAGCUCGUGGAGGCGCGCGACGCGCUGGCGGCGGCGGAGCAGCGGUGCGCCGCGCUGGCCGCUGCCCAGGCGGAGGCUGCUGCUGCGCUGGAGGCAAAGAGCGCGGCGUCCGAGAGCGAGCUGGCUGCUGCGCGCGACGCGAUACGCGCUGCUGAGGCGCGGCUGGCGGAGGCGGACGCCGAGCAUGCCCGCGUGGUUGCUGCGCUGGAGGCGAAGGCGUGUGCUGCCGAGCGUGAGGCCGCUGGUGCGCUGGAGGCGAAGAGCGCGGCGUCCGAGAGCGAGCUGGCUGCUGCGCGCGACGCGAUGCGCGCUGCUGAGGCGCGGCUGGCAGAGGCGGACGCCGAGCAUGCCCGCGUGGUUGCUGCGCUGGAGGCGAAGAGCGCGGCGUCCGAGAGCGAGCUGGCUGCUGCGCGCGACGCGAUGCGCGCUGCUGAGGCGCGGCUGGCGGAGGCGGACGCCGAGCAUGCCCGCGUGGUUGCUGCGCUGGAGGCGAAGGCGUGUGCUGCCGAGCGUGAGGCCGCUGCUGCGCGCGCGAAGGAGGAGGCCGUUGUGAGCUGCACGCGCGGCAUCGUGGAUGCGGUGCGCAGCGAGUACGAGGCGCGGGCUGCUGAGCUUGUGGACUCCGCGGAGCUCGUGGAGGCGCGCGACGCGCUGGCGGCGGCGGAGCAGCGGUGCGCCGCGCUGGCCGCUGCCCAGGCGGAGGCUGCUGCUGCGCUGGAGGCGAAGAGCGCGGCGUCCGAGAGCGAGCUGGCUGCUGCGCGCGACGCGAUACGCGCUGCUGAGGCGCGGCUGGCGGAGGCGGACGCCGAGCAUGCCCGCGUGGUUGCUGCGCUGGAGGCGAAGGCGUGUGCUGCCGAGCGUGAGGCCGCUGCUGCGCUGGAGGCGAAGAGCGCGGCGUCCGAGAGCGAGCUGGCUGCUGCGCGCGACGCGAUGCGCGCUGCUGAGGCGCGGCUGGCGGAGGCGGACGCCGAGCAUGCCCGCGUGGUUGCUGCGCUGGAGGCGAAGGCGUGUGCUGCCGAGCGUGAGGCCGCUGCUGCGCGCGCGAAGGAGGAGGCCGUUGUGAGCUGCACGCGCGGCAUCGUGGAUGCGGUGCGCAGCGAGUACGAGGCGCGGGCUGCUGAGCUUGUGGACUCCGCGGAGCUCGUGGAGGCGCGCGACGCGCUGGCGGCGGCGGAACAACGGUGCGCCGCGCUGGCCGCUGCCCAUGCGGAGGCUGCUGCUGCGCUGGAGGCAAAGAGCGCGGCGUCCGAGAGCGAGCUGGCUGCUGCGCGCGACGCGAUACGCGCUGCUGAGGCGCGGCUGGCAGAGGCGGACGCCGAGCAUGCCCGCGUGGUUGCUGCGCUGGAGGCGAAGAGCGCGGCGUCCGAGAGCGAGCUGGCUGCUGCGCGCGACGCGAUACGCGCUGCUGAGGAGCGGCUGGCGGAGGCGGACGCUGAGCAUGCCCGCGUGGUUGCUGCGCUGGAGGCGAAGGCGUGUGCUGCCGAGCGUGAGGCCGCUGCUGCGCUGGAGGCGAAGAGCGCGGCGUCCGAGAGCGAGCUGGCUGCUGCGCGCGACGCGAUACGCGCUGCUGAGGCGCGGCUGGCGGAGGCGGACGCCGAGCAUGCCCGCGUGGUUGCUGCGCUGGAGGCGAAGGCGUGUGCUGCCGAGCGUGAGGCCGCUGCUGCGCUGGAGGCGAAGAGCGCGGCGUCCGAGAGCGAGCUGGCUGCUGCGCGCGACGCGAUGCGCGCUGCUGAGGCGCGGCUGGCGGAGGCGGACGCCGAGCAUGCCCGCGUGGUUGCUGCGCUGGAGGCGAAGGCGUGUGCUGCCGAGCGUGAGGCCGCUGCUGCGCGCGCGAAGGAGGAGGCCGUUGUGAGCUGCACGCGCGGCAUCGUGGAUGCGGUGCGCAGCGAGUACGAGGCGCGGGCUGCUGAGCUUGUGGACUCCGCGGAGCUCGUGGAGGCGCGCGACGCGCUGGCGGCGGCGGAGCAGCGGUGCGCCGCGCUGGCCGCUGCCCAGGCGGAGGCUGCUGCUGCGCUGGAGGCGAAGAGCGCGGCGUCCGAGAGCGAGCUGGCUGCUGCGCGCGACGCGAUGCGCACUGCUGAGGAGCGGCUGGCGGAGGCGGACGCCGAGCAUGCCCGCGUGGUUGCUGCGCUGGAGGCGAAGGCGUGUGCUGCCGAGCGUGAGGCCGCUGCUGCGCUGGAGGCGAAGAGCGCGGCGUCCGAGAGCGAGCUGGCUGCUGCGCGCGACGCGAUGCGCACUGCUGAGGAGCGGCUGGCGGAGGCGGACGCCGAGCAUGCCCGCGUGGUUGCUGCGCUGGAGGCGAAGGCGUGUGCUGCCGAGCGUGAGGCCGCUGCUGCGCUGGAGGCGAAGAGCGCGGCGUCCGAGAGCGAGCUGGCUGCUGCGCGCGACGCGAUGCGCACUGCUGAGGAGCGGCUGGCGGAGGCGGGCGCCGAGCAUGCCCGCGUGGUUGCUGCGCUGGAGGCGAAGGCGUGUGCUGCCGAGCGUGAGGCCGCUGCUGCGCUGGAGGCGAAGAGCGCGGCGUUCGAGAGCGAGGUGGCUGCUGCGGGUGAUCCGUUAUGCGGCGGUGGUGAAGUGUGUUCAGAAAAUCCUCUAACCUCGCUCGUCAUUUGUGAGUCUCGGGAGUAUUUCGUUGCUGGAAUGGAGUACGGCGUUGAAGUUUUGCGGCAGGAGUUCGAAACGCGUGCGAAUAAGCUGGUUAGCUGCACGCGCCGUAUCGUUGGAGCGAGCACUGCUGUGGAGGCAGCGCGUCGAAGGUGUGCGGAGGUGAAUGCGGAGUUGGCGCGUGCGAACGCAGGUCGUUUCGAGGAAAAGGAGUUGUUGAGGGGAGAGGUUGUUGCGGCCCAGUCUGAGUUGAUCGCUAUGAUGGAGCGCUACCGCGAGGCCGAGGCGGCAGCUGAUGAAGAGGACAUCGAAGAAGAGCACCCGUGUGAGGCAUUAUUCUCUGCGUUGACUCGAGAACUGAAAGAUGCCCGGGAAAAGUUGAAAACAAUGCAGCAGCUUAACCGAAUGCUACGGGAGAAGUUCCGAGCUGAUCUGCAAGCAGCGGAGAGAAGCACACGGUUUGCAAGUUGA